AUGGCGGCGGCGAAGUAUAAGAUUAUCAUCAAAUCACCCAAUGACAAAAUACCAAGUCAAGCUGUAGAAUGUCUUCCUGAAUGGAAGGUUAGAGACCUGAAGUCCUAUCUGUCGGAGCAUCAUCCUGCUAGACCGAAUCUUUCGUCACAAAGACUCAUUCACGCUGGAAAGCUUUUGGGAGAUAAUUUGACGAUAUCCAGCAUAUGUGAUAAUGCUGAUGACUUCCAAACUAUUCACUUAGUGUGUCCCAACCCGAAGCCAUUGGCUUCUACAGACGUUAGCUGUGAAAAAACAGAUGAUUUCUGGUCUGAUAUAUCACCUGAGCAGUUGCACGCGUAUCAACAGGCAUAUUAUCAAUAUUUACAAACUUUUUACAUGGAGUCUUCUGCUAAUCAAACAGACCAUUAUAUGCAAAACUGCUACUGGCCGUAUGCUUUUGGAACAGGAGUUGCACCUCAUAUGCUUCCUGGAAGUCCGGACUUACCCAACGCGUUAACAAGUGGUCACAAGUAUCAAGCCUCCCUACCCAGGGAACACUAA